AUGCUAUUUCCAACAUUUGCAAGUGCAUCAGAAUCGACGUCGAGUUCCACGCCUGUAAUGUUCGCGACAAGUGAGUUUUGGAAAAAAAAAUGAAAAAAUAAUAUUCAAAAAUAAAUUUUGCCGCGUGUGCCAAGUGCGCCCCAUUGACAAAAGUUCAGAUUUUCUUUUCUUUUUUUUCGCCUCAAAAAUUUUCAUUUUUCUCAUUUUCUACCUUUGUUUUCUAGUUUCCCAUAGGUUUUCUAUAUCUACUUGUAGAGAAUUUUAUGACCAUCAUUAACCAUCAUGUGAUUAUGUUGAACACUUUUGAUUUGUUGUUUUACAACCACUUAAAACUACACUUUUGUUUUUCAACAUAAAUUGAAAACAUUUCAUUUUAAAUUGAUGUUGUGUUUGAAAAAAUCAAAUCAACAUUUUAACCCGAUUGUUACAUUUUCGAACUCAUAGAUUAAUCUGUUUCCUUGCCACGUUCGUUUUUGUCAACGACAAAAACAACACUCUGAUUAUCAUAACAAUUCGGAGAGACGCAGAGACACUUGGUCACGUGGUCUAUCGGUCAGUGACGUCAGAGAGCGAUCGAAAGAUGGGAAAAAGGGGGCCUGUUGAUAGAUGGAUGGGGAGAAAAGUAGACAUCAAUGACUGACUUUUUCCUAGUUAUUUGUUGUUUACUUGAGGUUUAGACUUUGAGAACAGCUUUUGAGAAAGCCACGAGUUUGUUUUCCUUCUUUCCCGAUUUCAAAAAGGGAUGAUUUUUGUUCUCAAAAAGUUCAGGAAUUUAGCCGGCUGAACUGAACAAUUGUUCGAGUCUCGAAAAUGAUAUAAAUACUGGCACGAUCAAUUUUUCGCUUAUUUUUUGCCUAGAAAAUAAACAACUUCUGGUUUUUUGUUAUUUCUAGAUUCUUUUCUAGAAGAAUUCCAAUUAUGUUUUUUUCUGUUAUUUUUUGAGAAAAUUAUCAUCUUUGGGCAUAAAUAGCUAAAUUUGAAUACUUUAAAAUUGUUUUCUAAAAAUUUAAAAUUUUAAAAUUGUUUUCUAAAAGUAGGAAAAGUUCACGUCAAAAUGUGAUUUAGAAAAAAUUGACUACAAGUUCUAGUCCUAUCAACACCAUUGUGUCAGUUUGAAAUUCACACGGAAUCAGAAAACUAACACGAUGUUCUAUUUUGUUGAUGGAGAAAAUAUGAUAAGAGGAUUGAAUAGACUGUCACGUAAAAUAUGAGAAUAUCAGUCAUGGAAUGGUGAUUUUUUGGUGUUAGAAACAUUUUGGAGUGUUUUCGAGUCUGGGCUCCAGUGUGAAAAACUCAUAGAAUAUUUUUUGAGAUCGAGUUUUUCACACUGUCCCAAAAACACUCCAAAAUUACUAUAACACCAAAAAAUCACGAUUUCAUGACUGCUAUUCUCAUGUUUUACGUGACAGUCUUUCUUAUCGCAUAUUCCCAUCAACAAAACAAAAAACACCGUGUCACUUUUCUGAUUCCGUGUAAAUUUCGAACACAAUUCGUCCGAUCAUUGAUGUGUUCAACUCUGCGUCUCUCGCAAGUUCAUAAAUUUCUUUUUCCGAUCGAAACAGAUCGUGGCAUGACUAUGCCCCCUUCCCGAAUACAAAACAAUGUUUUUUUGCCCCUCACAUGUUAGCCUUUGAUCGGCUGCCCAACACAACACAUUUUACAUUCAGCAAGGAGAAGUGCCCUCGUUUUUUGUUAUGUGUAUGUAUUCGUUUUUUUUCGUCUGCUCGUCUGGCGCCUGCUCUUUUCUCUUUUAUUUCUUCUUUAGCGCGAGACCAUGUGACCAGCAGCGGCGCCAGAAAUAAAAUAAAAUAGGGAAGAAAUUCCCCUCCUUCCCCCCUCUUUUGCAUUUACGGUAUCUUGCACUUCUAGUCGAACAACAAAAAUAUUUUUUUCUUGACAUCAAUUUUGGCGGUCUUUCAGGAUUAUUCGGCAGCCCUGUGUCGACCUCUGUAAUCGCUGAAAAACCCGCUGAAAUUCAAGACAAAACAAAAAUGCCACUCGAUCCAAUGGACAGCUUGUGGUAUGUUGUUUUUUUGUUUUCGGGUUGUUUUUUUCUCGAUUCUUCUAGCUAUAAAUAGAGGGAGUUCUAUUUAUAGCUAGAUAGAAUCUAUCUGAAAAUAGUAGAGAUUUCGAAAUGAAAUAAAACAAGUCACCGUGUUAUCUUCAAAAAUAUAUAAAUACCCAUUGUCGAUCAAAAGUCAAUUGAUAAGCGUAUUAUUUUAUUUUGAUCAUUUUUGGGUAGAAAGAGAAGAACACGUGUCGAUGAAAUGGACAAGAGAUUUCGAUCUUUUAAUGUGUUUGAAAAGAGAAUAAGAAAAUUUUUGGUUUUUCUUGGACAAGAUGUGGGAAAAAACGGGGAUAAAGAUUUAGCUUAUUUAAAAAUUGAAUGCUCUGGAAACCCAGAAUUAAUUAUGAUCUAGAAUCAAAGUUUAUCACCUGAAUAUACUAGUUUUGACUUUGGAAAGUCUCAGAGAAUGAGCUCAAGAAAAAUCAACAAAACUCGAAGAGGAUUUUUGUUGAGCUCACAGAGCGUUUUUUGAUUUUUCAAUGUCAAAACUAGGAUAUUCAGAUGAUAAGCUUUAAUUCUAGAUCAUAAUUAUUUCUGGGUUUCCAGAUCAUUCAAUUUUUAAAUAAGCAAAAUCUUUGUUCCCGUUUUUUCCACAUCUUGUCCAAGAAAAACCAAAAUUUUAUAAACUGGGCUGCGGACCAUUUGAGCCUAACCCUAAGAGUCCUUUUUUGGGACCCAAUAUUCUUUUGUGCAAAAUCGUUGUUUUUUUUUCACAGUUGCCACAUCAUUCAUUCAUUUUCACACAAUAAAAACAACAAAAAAAACCAGAUUUUUCCUAAUCUUUGUCACCUGCCCAAUUUGAAAAAUCAUUCCUUCUCUUCUUCUCCCUGUUGAUAUUUAUUUAAAAAUAAGAAUACCGUAGUCUCCGCCCAUGUGCAAAUUCACGUGGUAUCGCAAAAAUUGGGAAAACAAAACGGUCGCAAGCGGCGUUUGCGACGGACGCCGGGCGGUAAGAGUACAAAGAUUUUGUGGGGGGAGAAAAAAGGGUGUAUAAAAGAGGAGAAAUCGAAUAUUUUCGAACAAAAAUAAUAAAAAAAACAAGUAAUCUCCUACUACUACUUCUACUGAAUAUUUUGCAGGAUGUCGAAACCACCACAAGUAAGUGAUUUGGUAGUUCAACCGAAUGUCACCUUCAAAGCGGUGACUGGAACAUCGCCAAAUAGUUCACAGAGCUCGCCGAUUCCAAUUGGUGGAGCUCAAGAGGGUGUAUGUUUUUUUAUUUUUGAAAAUUGGAAUUCUUUUCGAGAUCCGAAAUGUCUGAAAGGCCUCAGUUAACAAGUUUUUAUCCAAAUUCUGCAUAAACUUCGCUACGAGACCAAAAAUUGGAAUAAGAACCAGAUUUUUCAUAAAAAAGGGCUUACUUUCUGGGUUUCGUCGCGAAAUUUUGAACAAUCCAGAGUUUUGAGAAAUUGUAUAUUUUCUAGUAAACUUUGACCCGCUGAUUGCGAUGUUAUUGUCUGAAAUUGCAAAACCCAACUCCUGGUAUGAGUUAUGACUUGGAAAAAUUUGAAACUUUUUUGAAAAAAGUCUGGCUAUAACCUGAACAAAUCAGAUUUUCAUAAUUUUUGUGAAAAUCUGAUUUUUUUCAAGAAUUCCUAUAGUUAUAGCCGGAUUUUCUGCAAGUUUCAAACUUUGCCACGUCAUAACUCAUAAUAAGAGUUGAGUUCUGCAUUUCAGACAAUGGGACCGUGUUCAGCGGGUCAAAAUCUAUCAGACAAAAUUUGUUUACCUUUGUUAAACUAAAAAAAAUCCACAAUUUUUGCAGAUUCGCCCAGACUUUGACACCGAUGUUUUGUGGAAGCCACCAACUCGCGGAAAUCGCCAAGCUCUCAAAGAGCGAACAAUUUCAAUGGAUUCAACUGAUUCCGAAAUCAAUGGCGGACGAAAGCUCUCAUCGAUUGAAAUCGGCACAUCUGUCCCGAAUUCCGCCACUUCGCCAAUGGAAAUUCAACCGCGAACACGGCGAAUGUCGAUUUCGGAAAUGUUGUUUGGCUCGUCGCCAAAUUCGUUCGGUUGGGGAAUGAAUUCGACGAAUGGAAAUGGUGGAGCACCGCCAGCUUCGCCAAAUGAUUUGGGAGAUCGGAAAAUGUCGAUUACUGAGGUUGGUUUUGGGGAAAUUCGGAUAUUAUUGAAGAAACAUCGGCAAACCUCACCCAACACCUGGAAUUCCAGCUGGGCAAUUUUUUUUCGAAAAACCUAGGUGGGCAAUUUUUUCGAAAAACCUAGGUGGGCAAAAAUUUUUAAGGUCUUUAAGGCGAGCCUCAGGUGGGCAAAUUUUUUAGGGCCUUUAAGGCGAGCCUCAGGUGGGCAAAUUUUUUAGGGUCUUUAAGGCGAGCCUCAGGUGGGCAAAUUUUUUUAGGGUCUUUAAGGCGAGCCUCAGGUGGGCAAAUUUUUUAGGGUCUUUAAGGCGAGCCUCAGGUGGGCAAAUUUUUUUUACUAGGUGGGCAAUUUUUGAAAAUAAACCCAGGUGGGCAAUUUUUCUCCCACCUCUCCAGGUUCUUGGGUGAGGUUUGAAACAUCGGGAAUUUUCAGUAAUGGCUGAAAAUUGAACAAUUUUCGAUAUGAAAAAUCAGCAUUUUUAAUUAAAAAUUCAAGAAAACUGCAUUUUCAGCUUUUUUUUUCACUGAAAAAUUGAAAAUUAUCAAAAAAAUAUUUUGAGGAUUUUUCAGAACAAAAAAUCUUCAGAUUCCAGAAAAUCGUGAAUUUUUAAAGGGGGUACGGGCUAAUCAAAAUUUUAUGGAAAAAAAUAUACCAUCUGAAAGAGGAGGUUUCGUUUAGUAUGUUCCCAAAUUUUUAUAAUUAUUUUUCACGUUUGAAUGCCAUUUUUUCACGCGCAAAGACGAAAAAGUUGCGCUCGACCCCAGAGAAAUAGCAUGCAGACACGAGAGACACAGCGUAUUUAGGCCCCGCCCCCUUCUGUGCGCUGUGUCUCUCGUUUCUCUAUGCUAUUUCUCUGAGGUCGAGCGCAACUUUUUCGUGUUUGCGCGUAAAAAAUGGUACUCAAACGUGAAAAAUAAUUAUGAAAAUUUGGGAACAUACUAAACGAAACCUCCUCUUUCAGAUGGUAUAUUUUUUUCCAUAAAAUUUUGAUUAGCCCGUACCCCCUUUAAAUUUUUCUCAAAUAUUCCAACGUUUUAUUUUAAAAAUCAAUUUUCAGUUCGAAAUCUUCAGAAAAACCAAAAUCCUUUUAUUUUCCCAGGAUCCACGCUUCAAAGACUUCAUGAAACAUCAAAGCAAAAUCCUUGGCGACGACGGAAUUUCGGGUUCUGGCUUUAAGCGAAGCAACUACAUGAAGGACUAA